CAAGCAAGCAACAAGGAGGAGCGCGGAGCGUCGUCACUCACUGCUAACGUUGAGCUUUUGAUGGAUGGUGGUGCUGGGUUGUGGAUGCACAGAAGCAGCAGCAUCAGAAGCAGCAGCAUCAAAUAGUGGAGGAGGAUGGAUGAGGCAAGCAGUUUGCCGUGGUUCUCCCUUCUUGGGUUUGAAGCACCGGUGCACUCGUGUGUCUUUGUCCAAGGCACUCGCAGGGACUGCCUCGUCACUGGGUGCGAGGAUGGCAUGCUUCUGUUGUGGGACCUCAAGGAACGCAAGUGUGCAUGGCAAAUGCGCUGUCACCGCGGUGCCAUCCUUGGCCUGCAGGCAUUCCCUAACGCAGAGGGACAGCUACUCGUGGCGUCGUGGGGAAGGGAUCAGCUGCUGCAGGUGUGGAACGUGACGGCGUUUGUCGGCCAUGCAACCCCCGCACCUUCACCAGCCGCCACAAAGGCUGAUGGCAGUGGUGACGACGAUGCCGACGAUGACGAGCAGUUUGGCGGUAUUGUGAUUCCCUUCUUGGAGGUGAAGAAGGAGCUUGGUGGCAUCAACUUCUGCCGCAUGGCCAGUGUGUCCCUGCGGGUACAUGAUGAUGCGGAUGGGCACCACCGCGGCGGGGCGAGGGCUGUGCUUGCACUGUCAGACGCAGACAACGAGACCUUGCUGCUUGUGGACACGUGGACGUGGGAGACGAUGAAGAUUGCCGUGCCAGACCAGGGGCAGCUCAUGGCUGUGGCGCUGUUCGCCGCCGAUAACGACACCACUGGCACCAGUCACAGUGACGAAUGUGCGAGUAGUAGUAACAGCGACAGUCACACUGGUAGUGGCAGUUGCGAAAGCAAGUGCUCGGGCUUCGUCGCGCUCACAGCACACGAGAGUGGGCAGCUUCGGCUGUGGCGCAUGCAGCACAACCAACACGGUGGCAACGGUGACGAUGAGGGUGAUAAGCGGCCACCAUCGGUCGGGGAUAGGGAGGCGUGGUUUGCUGGGCUGCAGCAUGAGCUGCUCUCCACGGUGGAAGUGACGCCAACACCUGUUCCCGUCGUCUCCGUCGCCUACCAGCAAGGACGCAUCCUCUGUGGCAACGCAGAGUCAAAACUGUUCGUGGUGGCCGUUCCAUCGGACUGGACCAUGACUGUGAAGAAGGAGCUCUCGCUGCCUGAAGGCCUCACCAACGCAAUCAGUGUGCGGGAUGCGCCUGCGCGGCUGUUCGCCGCUGCGUGCAGUGACAACAAAGUGCGCGUGUACUCGCGCAAGGGGCGUGCUCUUGCCGUGCUGGACCAACACGUCGACAGCGCACUAUGCGUUGCCCACAGUGCACCGCUAAAGCACGUGACGCUGUCGCUCAUUGACCCUUCGCACCCGCCCGGUGGCGUGCUGCUGGCGAGUGGCGGUAAGGACUGUGUUGUGCACCUCUGGUCCCUCUACAACGAGGACGCGGUGUGAUGAUAUGUGUGCAUGCAUACAGGAGCAGCUGCAGAGGGGGCGCUGAUCGGUGCUGUGCGAAGAAGAGUGAUUGCGUAGGACUGCUUCUCGUGUCGUUCUUAGUCUCGCCGCUAUGUGUGUGUGUGUGUGUGUGUGUGUGUGUGUGUGCGUGUGUGUCAUUGUCGUCACAUGCAAGUGAGCCCAGUUGCUGCAAACAACAUCGAGGUACAACAGUAAACGACUAGGAUAGGUA